GGAUUUCGGCGGUAAUCUGUUGAUAUGCCGAUGGCCUUGCGUCGAUCAUGAAGACAAAGAUCGGCACGUUUUCAAACGGCGCAGUUUUAGUUACGUGUGUCGGCUUCGGUUCUGCAUUCGAAAGUGAAGGUGAAAAAUCCUUUCUGCAACAUACAGUAAAAUACAUGUACACGACGCAAAAUUCGAAACUUUUGGUGGAGUGAUUUCUUAGUUGUCGUUCACUCUUUUUCGAACACUCACACGACAAACGAUAUCUACUACUGUCAGACUAAUAAAGGUGUUGCUGUUGAUGUCCCCGUGAAUACUAGUUGAGCGACCCAGUGCCUCUGCAUGACUUCGCCAAGUGAUCCGCGCUUGGGAGGAAAGGCUUAUUUCAUGCAAUAAUCUCGUACUCGCUGAACUACAGUGCACACAACUUUCACCAUAUGCGUCACUACUGAAUACAUGUAGUAGCGCGUAGACAUUUUUAGGACAAAGGAAACGGCUUCGCCUGUGAAGUACGAUGGAACAAAAUUUUGCAACGGACAUAGUUCAGUCAACGAAAGACCAAUGUGACUACAUCUUCCCAAUGCAUGUCCUCCUUCGUGCGGUGCGAAUGUAAGAAUGUACGGAGUGUGAAGUUGCACACAAGAGCUUCCUUUUCGGGUCUCGUACACAGUUCAUUGUCCAUGCCUGGAACUAUCUCAUGUCCGCUUGUGAAGGAGGAGAACGACAGCAGUACUGGUUCAGAUUGAAAGCACACGCGGAUACAUGUGAGGACAAGCGGGACGCUGGACGCGAUUUGGACAUGCAUGCUGGUAUAUGCGGUGCGCAGCAUUGAAGCUGCACCGCCGCCGCCGCAAAUAUUUUCAAGCGAGUUCAUUGGAGGUGGACUCGGACACAUUACCACUAAGUUGUAUCAUUAAGAGGACCGCACCGCACCCCGGCAUUUGUAGGGGCGUGUUUUUGCAGUCAAGCAAGGGUGAGCCUCUGCGUUGGCGGAUUUCGAACGUCCACGAGCGAAUCGUUCCGGGUAUAGAAGGACGGUGGCAAUACAUUGUGGCUCCGUGCUUCAAGGACUUAUCCGAAUUUGUCGCUUUUUCGACUACUGUGCACCACUGCGUCGAAGAUGAAAGCGAGGUUGGCCCCAGACACUAUCGCUAUUGCCCCUGCUGCAGCAUUAAAGGAAGCGUCUGAGAAGGAAGGGCGAUGCGAAAAUACUACGAGAGCAGAGAAAAGCUUCAGCAAACACCGUUUCUUUCACCUCUGGCUCUGAGCUCGCCAGAAAAUGAAUUUGAAUUUGAUGGAAUAAUGUUAAUUUCUUGGAUAAUUUAAGCUCUAGCGUACUUUAGACGAGUAAAGUUGCCUAGACGAGGACUACGAUGAUAUUUUCUGCACCUACUAGAGAGUGUUUUGGUUACCGAUGCGAAUCCCCUAUUUUGGGGAAUAGUUUCACUAUUUCCCUAUGAAUGUUGAGCUAGAAAGUGUCAAAGUCAUUUUCUAAAAACAUGCGAGCUCUUCCCUUUCGGAUAAGCAUGGCGCCACAAAAAAAGGCGGGCUUCUCAGGCCAUGAAUUGGAAUGAAAAAAAAAAUCCUAAAUUUCUUGGUUUGGAGAUUUCAAUUCUAAACUUUUAAGUGAUGUGUAGUGGUCAGUUGUCUUCGGCUAACCACCGUGUUGAAAUUGACGUGCACUCAAAUUUGUUACUUGUAGAAAAAUCAAUUCACUGAAAGUCACCUGAAGAUGGAAUUUGAAGCAGAUGUAUAUCACGAAAAGAGAUCAUCUUCGUGUUCUCACUG